CAUAGGCAUCUUUUAUUAUUGAGGUCGUUGAAUUCAAAAGCUAUAAUGUUGAACACUCCACGUGGCAAACAAUAUUUAAAGAGCUAGAGAUGUCGAUGGAAGAGGACUACUCAUCAGAAGACCUGACUAGUGAUGAAGAGCUUCAGGAAGAAUUUGCCAGGGGAAACUUACAUUCAGGGUUGAUACAGAGGGCACUACCACCCAAAACAUUCACAAAUAACGUGGCUGGUCUGAGGGCAGGAUUGGAUGUCCUCCGUGAGAAGGAAUGUGAUUGGCUGGAACAAAUGGACGUCGUGGCUACUGCCCUGCCCACCUCCAUUGAAGAGAAGGAUGUAGUCGACCCAGAGGAUGACUUUAAGAGGGAAAUGCACUUCUAUCAACAGGCUCUCUCUUCUGUUGAGGUGGGUCUAAAGAAGCUGGAGGAGUUUGGAGUGCCCACCAAGAGACCAGACGACUACUUUGCAGAGAUGCUCAAGACUGAUGACCACAUGAGGAAGGUACGACAAAAUCUGUUGACUAGACAAAAGAUUUUGGAGAAAAAAGAUAAGCUAAGGAAACUCCGUGAACAAAAGAAGUUCGGAAAGAAGGUCCAACAUGAAGUUUUACAAAAACGUAGAGAAGAGAAAAAGGCGUCCCUGGACUCAAUUAAGCGGUACAAGAAAGGCAAAGGGGAGAAGCCAUCUUUCUUAGCAAACAAAGAUGAUGAGGAUGACUUCCCAGUGGCUGCUCAUCGCGAGAACAGAGGGGACAGGAAAUCUGGAGACUGGGAGAAAUCGAAGAAAAGACAAAUGAGAGACAAGACAUAUGGCUUUGGUGGCAAGAAGCGACGAUUGAAGAGCAAUACAGCUGAUUCGAGUGCAGACAUGUCCACAUUCAGCGCUGGUCGACAUAGUCGAACGGGUCGAGGAAUAAAGGGAGGAGUCACUGGAGGUCCCAGAGGGAGGGCGGGAGCUGCUGCAGCUCCGGGCAAGAACGGAAAGAAGGGUAGACUGGGGAAGUCAAGGAGGCAAAAAAUGAAACUUAAACGCUGACAACACUAUUAGUAUAAUAGUGUGGGCUAAUCGUGUAUGAUGAAGUUCUUGGCAGUUUUUAUUAACAUUGCCACGGC